AUGACCGCUUGUGCAGUGAUGACCCAUGCCAACAUGUUGCCUGAGGAUAGGCUCAGGUUGGGUAUUGUGGAUGGUUUCAUUCGAGUAUCAGUUGGAGUUGAGGAUGCCGAAGAUCUCAUCCGCAGCUUGAAAACGAGCUUAGAUCAAUUAUGA